AUGAAGCUUGCGCCGCAUCAUCCCCACCCGAUCCGCAAGGUCAAGUGUGACGAGGCCAAACCGCACUGCAAGAGAUGUACGGGCACCGGCCGCAACUGCGACGGCUACGCGCCACCCCCAGAGGCCAGUGCCGCGGCUGCCGCCGCAGGCGCGCUGACGUGGCACCGGCCAAGCCCCCUGGCGGCCCUCUACGAUGACGCCACCGCCUUCGACACGAGCAGCAGCACGGCGCGGCACCGGCGCGCCGGCGAGGGCCGCGCGCUGCAUUUCUUCCAGGAGGUCGUGGCGCCCGUGCUGGCCGGCGUGUACCACCACGUCGGCUCCGACACGGACGCCUACUUCUGGACCGCCCUGGUCCUGCAGUUCAGCCACUACGAGCCCGCGGUGCGGCACGCCGCCGUCGCCGUCAGCGCGCUGUACGAGCAGUUCCACCAGCCCCCGGCGACGACGACGAUGACAACAGCAACACUAACAAGAAGCCCGGACACCGCCGCGACGAUACGCAAGCGGAGCGACUUUGCGCUGCGGCACUACAACGCCGCGAUCCGCAGCCUCGUGGAGGCCGACAACGAGGCCCUCGCGCUGGUCGUCUGCGUCAUCUUCGUCUGCAUCGAGUUCAUCCGCGGGGACAGCGGCGCCGCGACGAGCCACUGCCGGCACGGCGUGCAGAUCCUCAACAAGGUCACCGCGCGCGGCGCGGCGUCGCUGCCGAGCUGGGCCGAGGCGUACCUCGUGCCCAUCAUCCGGCGGCUGAGCAUCACGCCGCUCUUCUUCGGUGCGACGCCCGACUCGUUCCCGGCCGUCGCGGGGCUCGACGGGGACGUGCCCGACAGGUUUGAGAGCUUGCCGGACAUGCAGCAGAUGCUGGACAAGCUGAUGUGUCGGGCUACGAGGUUGAUCCGGACGGGCUGGGAGUACCGCAUCGGAUCGCUGAUUGACGUGGAGGUGCCCAGAGAGAUCAUCGAGGAACAAGCAGUGCUGGUGGACGAGCUCGGCAAGUGGCGGGAGGCAGUCGCUGCAAGCGACUUCUCUUCAAAGUCCUCGGGCAGAGAUACUACUGCGACAAUUAUGCAUCUGCACAUGCAAUGCCUCAUAGCUAAGAUAUGGCUGAGCAUGGCUGUCUCCAAGGACGAGCUCGGGUUUGACCAGUUCAUCCCGGAAUUCGAGGAGGUCGUCGACAUCGGCACGAUCCUUGAGGCGUGGAUGCGGGAGCAACUAGGGGCACACACGCUAUGGACAAGACCAAAGUUCACCUUUGAGAUGGGGUAUCUGCCGCUGCUCUACUUUGUAGUCAUCAAAUGCAGGCGGCUAGACAUCCGGAACAGAGCCCUCAUACUCAUCAGGAAGAUGGCAUUGGAGAGGGAGAACUUGUGGGAUAUCAACAACCUCUGCGGGGCGGGCAAGCGAUCCAUCGAGUUGGAGCACGACAUCGACCUGCCUGAUCUCGAAGUCGACAAGAUCAAGCUCAGUGAGCUAGCGCACAUCGACCCUGGUGUCGCUGUUCCGGACGACAAGCGCAUCAGGGACGCCAUGAUACUGCGGCAGACCAGGGUCUAUAAAGACGACGGCGGAGGGGACUUUGUUGGGCAAAAUAUCUGCUUCGUGCUGCCGAACGCGGGUGGUGGGUUGCACCUGAAGACGGAAUGGUGCCCAAUCCAUCUUGUAGACCUGAAAGACAAAUAG